AUGUCAUCGACAACACCCUCGGCAAACUCGUUCUCAAUUCAGGUGUUCGAAGAGCUCGACACCAGUGGCCACCCCUCAAUGCGUCUCUACUGCACACCCUUAUCAACCUCGUCCACCAACGAGACCCUCAUCACCCACAAAAACAAGCAGUUCAGCGAGAUCCGCCUCGAAAACAUCGCCAUCGACACCAUUCACCUCGACGAAUUCCUCAGCACUCAAACCGAACGACUCAAGAAAAUCAACCUCAUCAACACCUCCAUGCACUUCCUCUCUACCCACGACGAAGUCGGUGAACCCUGUGCUUUCCUGAAGAAGAUCGUUGAUUUGCUUCACCACACCCUCGAAGUAAAGAGUUUCGAAGUCAGACAUUUGGUUUGUGACUACGGCGACAAGAUCUCACCUUCCAUCGUCACUUACGCAGGCAAAUGGGAAGGAGUCAGGGAAGUACGUGAUGGGUUUGCUGAGUUGGUUGCUAAGAUCAAGGAACGUGGAAACAGAGGCCAAAUGGAGGGGUACGAGUUGGUUAAGCCUCAGUCGAGUUUUGUGGAGGUGGAGAGGUGGGAGGAUGAGUAUGGAUUUGCUUCUGAUGGGGAGGACAGUGACGAUGAUGAUGAUGCCUAUGAGCACAGUGAAGAUGAGGAAUGGGCAAUGUGA